CGCCUUUCCACAACGACAAACAUGGCGAUAGUUCUCCGUGACGCCACCGAGGCCGACGUUCCAUUGAUCUAUGACUUCAUCCAUGAACUGGCGACGUACGAAAAGCUAGCUCAUGCGCAUGUGGGCACUCACGAGGACCUCCGCGACACUCUGUUUCGACACAAGUAUGCGCACGUCGUCCUUGCGUCCGUGGACGGCGCCGAAGUGGGCUUUGCCUUGUUCUACUUUAACUAUUCCACGUUCCUCAGCAAGCCUGGUCUAUACCUCGAAGACCUGUACGUGCGACCCAGCGUUCGAGGACAAGGCGUCGGCACCACCCUCAUGAAGCAUCUGGCGGCGCUGGCAUUGGCAAAGGGAUGUGGUCGCAUGGAAUGGAGUGCCAUCGACUGGAAUACCCCCGCGAUCAAUGUCACGUCUCCCGGGUUGAGAUGUGAUGAUCGAUGAGUGAAAUGAAAAGUGAUUGAUUGAUGAUUAAGAGAUGAAGAGGAUCGUAGUUCCUGUGUGGAA